AUGUUGGCAGUGUUAAGACGACACAGGGGCCACAUCAAUGACGAUACCUUCCACGCUUGGGUACUUGUAGACGAGGUACUCAAGAGAUCUGCCAACGCGCUCAUUGAUAAUGUGAUUAAAGUGUCGAGCAACACGUCCAAAGUCACUAUUUGCACAUGCUUACAUUCCUUCAGCACGGUGUCUACUUCAGCAGUCUGUCCAAGUCUUGAGCCAAAGCAGAAUUCCUCGGAGAUGUUCAAACUCGCUCAAUCGACUGACAAAGGUCCCCAGAAGGUCGCCUCUGCCUCGUCGCCCCAGUCGAAAACUAACCUGCAUUGGGCUAAAUCAACCAAGGAUUCGACAUGA